AAAACGAAGGGAUCGGGAUAUAUGUGUGUACUGAUAAUUUACAGCAAGUAUCUAACUAAACAAAUUGAUAAAACUGUCGAUGUUAUCAUUUCGCAAAGCUAACCUAGGUAGCUAACUAGCUGGCUAGGCUGUGUAUGUUUUUGUAAAAGGGACAGUGGGAUAAAGCCGGGCUUUGAUUGUGGCAGAUCUGACUAACGUUAACUAGCAUAGCAUUUGAGGCGAAACGUUUAUACGAUGUUAGAAACUGGGGAGAAAUUGAUGAAAAUAGAUUGCAACCAGAUUUUCCGUGAUAUUUGUCGUUGGAAGCCAGAUUGGAAAAAACGGGCAUCAGCGGUAACGUUACCUACCUAGGUGAAAUCAAACGAGGUUGACCGUCGUCCUCAUUUAGCUAGUUAGCCGGUAAUCUUAGCUAUUAACAUUGGAAGUUAUGUUGCUUAGUUAGCUAGCUAAUGUUAGACCGGUAACCUAGCUAACAGCUAUAUAUGCUAUUUAGAGGAGACGAGGUUACCGUUAAUUCAGUGCACAUAACGUAAUAUAUUGGGUACUUAUACAACAUGGCUUACUGUGACCCUGAACAAUUAGCUUAACUUGUUCAAGAACAAUUUACGUGCUAGUUUGGUUAGCUUGUCCAUGGCAGGAAUAUAUUAGCCAGCCAGAUUGUUGGAGUGCGCUGUGUCAAAGGUCUGUCAAUGUCAUUUUUAUAACGUUACAAGUCCAGUUUUGUACUAAAGUGUCUACCAGUUCUUUGGUCAACCGUAUUAGAUUGAGCAAUAAUGUGGGUGGUCAGGAACCGUUACGUAUCUAUCUUGUUAUUGGAAUAAUACUAUCAUCAUAACCACGUAUUUCCAAAUACAAUAUGUGUUGGUCUCAUCUCGUUAUUGUUCAAGAUCUAUGAUUGAUUUUCCUUAUAUUUGCAUAAUAUCACACGUGUCCAUAUAUUGAUUAGAUAGAUUUCCAUUGAGAUUUCCGUACAUUGAAGAUUCAGUGCAAUGACAGAAAUUGACUGUAUGCCCAAUGGUAGUUUGGAUAUGCGGUGUUGGCAGAAUACCUACAGGGAGGUGUUGACACAAUCAGACUUAGGGAAAACCAAAUCUGGAACAUUGCACCACAAUGUCCAUGUCAAACAGACAUAGUCUACUCUGCCAUAUAUCAGGAGGUACCCAUAUUUUGGUAAGACUUUAGUGGGUUUUUAUUAAACCUAACACUUUUAUCAAUUCAGAUGUAUUUGCCGCUGACAUUUCUACAGUUGAAAACCAGAAACUUUGCAUACCAAUUUCCAUUCUGAUCACUGACUGCUAUUCUGAUAGCCCUGAUAUGUUGAAGAACCGGCCUGGGUCAACCAUGGCACUUCAGACUGCACUGUGAAUGUGCUCAGCUCUCUAAUGGAACCCUAUGGGAAAAUGUUGAAGCUUCAGUGUGAAGGGAUUUGACUGUAGAGAUUGAGGGAGGCAGGGAAAGAAGGCAGGGAGGGUGAGUGAAUCAUUGGAAAGAUAAGCUAGAGGUGGGAGAUGAAGACUGGAAACAGGUGAGCGACAGAUAAAUGACAGUGCUGGUCAAAUUUCUUCUCAGUCCAGUAGGGUAUAGAUGGACACCUAACCUAAUCACCACUUCUUCAGUGGCUCAGUCUCUGUUCAGGCGUUCUAACAGUAAUCCUCUGUUUUGAAUGGGGUCUGAUUUGGUCUCUUCUGACCACAGUACUGCAUUCCUAGAAGGGUGUGCCCACUGUUAAGCAUUUUUCCUGGUCUGGAGGUGUCUGAACCUACCAGAAACCCCAACAAAGGUGCUGCGCUACUGUUCGGUUUCUGGAAGUAACACUGACUCGUCUAAGUGAAGUGCAAAGCCAAGAUCAAUGGUUGUAAAUGUCUGACAAAAAGGUGUCAUAGGCAAUAAUUGCAACUAGGAUUAUCUUAGUAUCCUGGGGCUGCACUUAGCGUUACUGACGUUUCUUAGCUUCCUACUGCUCUAUUGGUCUCAGCUCCUAUCCUGGGGACCCACAUGACUGCACAUAUUUGUUUCAGCACUAACACACCUACACCUGAUUCAACUAAUGAAGGGCGUGAUGGUCAGUGAAUUAGUUGCAUCAGGUGUGUCUAUAUUAGUACUGGGCCCGGUUUCCCAAAAGCAUCUUAAGGCUAAGUUCAUUGUUAGAACCAUAUGAUCUAAUGCUUCUAAGACUAAUUUAGCCUUAAAAUGCUUUUGGGAAACUGGCCCAGGUCUGGAACAAAACUGAAGUUGUGGGCCACCAGGGCUGGAGUUGAGGAACACUAUUUUAGAGGGUAAGUGGCAGUGCCACUAAUCUGAUUAAUAUUCUCUGGUGCCAGACCAGCCACAGCAUAGCAAUACUAGCCGACUAGCUACCUCUCUCAAGGGGAUACUGUAGCUCUGGCAUAAAUAAAUGUUUGGUUGUAAUUAUAGGUCGACCAAUUAAUUGGAAUGGUCGAUUUAAUUAGGGUUGAUUUCAAGUUUUCAUAACAACCGGAAAUCUGUAUUUUUGGAUACCGGUUUUGCUGAUUUUUCUUUUUUUAACACCUUUUAUUUCAUCUUUAUUUUACUAGGCAAGUCAGUUAAGAACACAUUCUUAUUUUCAAAGAUGGCCUAGGAACAGUGGGUCAACUGCCUCGUUCAGGGUCAGAACGACAGAUUUUCACCUUGUCAGCUCGAGGAAUUCAAUCUUACAGUUAACUAGUCCAACGCAAUAAUGACCUGCCUAUCUCUCGUUGCACUCCACAAGGAGACUGCCUGUUACGUGAAUGCAGUAAUCCAAGGUAAGUUGCUAGCUAGCAUUAAACGUAUCUUAUAAAAAAGCAAUCAAUCAUCAUCACUAGUUAACUACACAUGGUUGAUGAUAUUACUAGAUAUUAUCUAGCGUGUCCUGUGUUGCAUGUAAUCUGAUUGAGCAUACACGUAUCUGACUGAGCGGUGGAAGGCAGAAGCAGGCGCGUAAACGUUAAUUCAAACAGCACUUUUGUGCGUUUUGCCAGCAGCUCUUCGUUGUGCGUCAAGCACUGCGCUAUUUAUGACUUCAAGCCUAUCAACUCCCGAGAUGAGGCUGGUGUAACCGAAGUGAAAUGGCUGGCGAGUUAGCGUGCGUUUCAAACGUCACUCGCUCUGAGCCUGUGGUUGUUUCCCUUACUCUGCAUGGUGGUGUUGUCGUUGUGUUGCUGGUUCGAGCCCAGGGAGGAGCGAGGAGAGGGACAGAAGCUAUACUGUUACACUGGCAGUACUAAAGUGUCUAUCAGAACAUUUGUCAAAGGUUAAUGAAAUACAAAUGGUAUAGAGGGAAAUAGUCCUAUAAUAACUACAACCUAAAACUCCUUACCUAGGAAUAUUUAAGACUCAUGUUAAAAGGAACCACCAGCUUUCAUUUGUUCUCAUGUUCUGAGCAAGGAACUGAAACGUUAGCUUUCUUACAUGGCACAUAUUGCACUUUUACUUUCUUCUCCAACACUUUGUUUUUGCAUUAUUUAAACCAAAUUGAACAUGUUUCAUUAUUUAUUUGAGGCUAAAUUGAAUUUAUUGAUGUAUUAUAUUAAGUUAAAAUAAGUGUUCAUUCAGUAUUGUUGUGUAAUUGUCAUUAUUACAAACAAACAAAUUUAAAAAAUUGUCCGAUUAAUCGGUGUUGGCUUUUUUGGUCCUCCAAUAAUUGGUAUCGGCGUUGAAAAAUCAUAAUCGGUCGACCUCUAGUUGUAAUGCAUGGCUGUGUAAUCGCUAAUCCUUUUUGUGACCGUGUUCACUCGCUUUAUAUUUAGAAAUGAGUUACUUGAGACUAAAGUCUGAGUGUUCUGGAAAUCAUUUCUCUCCCUCUUACUCUUUUAUUCAAUCAUACUCAUCAGACCUCUGUGUUAACUUCCUCUUUAGGAACCAAAGCACUUCCUUGACAGCUGAUCUGACUGCUCAUCUUUACAGUCAUUAUUAAAGUGACUAUCAUGCCACUGCUGUUUCAUAUUUAAAACUCUCCCCACUGACUCCACUCCUUAAGAAGAGGGCUACACAGACGCAAACGCUGUGAGCCACAUGAUUACAGAUCAGACAACGUUCUCUGGUCGUAUGAGACUUCAGAAGGAAGAAUAGUUUAGUGCGUCAUGCAAGGAUCUGGUUUGGAUUAAUCAAUGAAUCUAAUGCCUACCCAGUGUGAAAUCUACCUCUAGCUAUGAUGACCCUUCGUAUACUAGUAUGUGAAAAGUUGUGUGGUGUCUCCGGUGUGUUUAUUACAACAUGCCUUCCAGAAGCAUCCAGAGGUGUCUAGUCUACAUCAUAGGAGUUGACUUUAUAUCCAUCAAUCAACUGCGCCCACCUAAUGCUUUUAGCAAUGCUGAACAAAAGCUCCUGCCAUUCACCCUCACUUCCAGUCUGUUUCUUGAGACUGACAUAGUCCGGCUUUACAAUUAGAAAUAGAGGAUCCAAAUGAAAUCCAUAUUCAGCAGAGGAAGAUCUAAAUUAAAUACAUUUUUAUCUUCAGCAGAGGAAGAUCCAAAUUUGUUUUCUCAACAAGCUUAAGCUAGUCACCCACUUACACAGCUUUGUUCAAGAGACCUUGUCAGACUUUAGAAGAGAACUGGGAGAUAGAGUUAUUAGAGAAAGCAUGGUCAUGUUGAGGCAGGCGAAUGGAGGAACCGGUGCACACUCACUGGGCGUGCUACUGUACUGUCCAUUCAAUGCUAUCACAGGCUCUGACAAGCUCGUUGGCUCCAGGCCCUACCUCUACUGUAGUGUUCCUCCUCCCUUCACAAUCUGUGCUUCUCUGGUGCUGCUGUGUCAGUCAGUUCACCCUCAACCAUUCACAGACACAGCCAACAAGCUGAGCUGCACGCCUGACUCGAAUUAGAUCUGUCACUCACUGUAUGAGCUCAGAGAAUCUUCCUUUCCACAAGGUCGCACAUCAGACAGACAGUAGGGCUGUGAUGAUACCAGUAUUUUGAUACUUUGAGUAUCGCAAUACUGGUAUCGUCCAGGCCCCGUUCAAACACUUUAGAAACGCACCCUCCCUUCCUUGAAGGCAGUAAUUAUUGAUCUGACAUUAUGACAUUCUGUCAAAGCUAUGUUGGAGAGCCCUCACUUUCACCCAACCCACCGUGUUAAAUCGCCAACAGAGGAAAGCAAGAAUGCAUUUUUCAAUAUUGUCAGGUUCCUCAUAUUUAAACCAUACUGGCCAGUGUAGUGAGGGGGUGAAGAGGUUAGCGGAGUUCAGAGCUGUGACAGCCAGGCGUACAGCCUCCCCCUGGGGAGCCGGGGAAGGUGAGGCAGGGUGGAGGUGGUUCACUGUAGCUACUACAGCUCAUUAAUAGCUAGUAUUAUGUGUCUGUGGGGAGAGGCUUCCGAGGUUACGGACAUUUAGAGGGGGGGGGGGGGUGAUGAACAUUUUGUUGUUUAGUGUUUCCCCUCAGGGGGAUUGGAGAAAGGAUGAGGUGACCGUCACUACGUUUCCUGCCUCUAAACCAGAUUCAUGGUCCCGUGUGUGUUUGGAGACAGUGGCAAGGUGACGACUGUGGUGGCCACACCAGGCCAGGGUCCAGACCGCCCACAGGAGGUUUCCUACACAGACAUCAAGGUGAUCGGGAAUGGUUCCUUCGGCGUGGUGUACCAGGCCCGCCUCAUUGACAGCCAGGAGAUGGUGGCCAUCAAGAAGGUUCUGCAGGAUAAGAGGUUUAAGAACCGAGAACUACAGAUCAUGAGGAAAUUGGACCACUGCAACAUAGUCAGGCUACGUUACUUUUUCUACUCCAGUGGGGAGAAGAAAGAUGAGGUGUAUCUGAACCUUGUGCUGGACUUUGUCCCAGAGACAGUGUACAGGGUGGCCCGGCACUUCAACAAGGCCAAGACCACCAUCCCCAUUAUAUACGUCAAGGUGUACAUGUACCAGCUGUUCCGCAGUCUGGCCUAUAUCCAUUCCCAGGGCGUGUGUCACAGAGACAUCAAACCCCAGAACCUGCUGGUGGACCCUGAGACGGCCAUCCUCAAACUCUGUGACUUCGGCAGUGCUAAGCAGCUUGUUCGCGGGGAGCCCAACGUGUCCUAUAUCUGCUCGCGGUACUACCGUGCCCCUGAGCUCAUCUUUGGCGCCACGGACUACACGUCCAACAUUGACAUCUGGUCAGCGGGCUGCGUGCUGGCCGAACUGCUGCUGGGACAGCCCAUCUUCCCCGGGGACAGUGGAGUGGACCAACUGGUAGAGAUCAUCAAGGUUUUGGGGACUCCGACGAGAGAGCAGAUCCGAGAGAUGAACCCCAACUACACAGAGUUCAAAUUCCCCCAGAUCAAAGCACACCCCUGGACAAAGGUGUUUAAGCCGCGUACCCCCCCAGAGGCCAUCUCCCUGUGUUCCCGUCUGUUAGAGUACACCCCUGUGACUAGGCUGUCCCCCCUGGAGGCCUGCGCCCACGCCUUCUUCGAAGAGCUGCGCCAGCCCACUGCCCAUCUGCCCAGCGGACGAGAACUGCCCCUCCUCUUCAACUUCAGCCCCGUCGAGCUAUCUAUCCAGCCCCAGUUGAACUCCACACUCAUUCCUCCUCACGCUCGCGCACAGACAUCACCUGCCUCACACGAUGGCAGUGUGUCAGACAGUACCGCCCAGCCCAGCUCAGUACCUGGAUCCAUCAACAGCACCUGAACCCCCCCGUCCCCCAUUCACCCUGUCUUUCCCCUUUUCCUCUCAACCCCAUCCCUCUCUUCCUACUCUUCCACCCCCUUUUGGCUCCAAACUUCAAAAAACAACUAUACAUGCACACAUACAACAAAAAUACUACAAAAUCAUCUAUUAUCCCUUGAAUAUUCCCAUUAUAGGUGUAAAAAAAUAUCUGUUGGUGGCAGUAGUCCAGUGACUGUUGGGUUGUUGAAGAUGGGUGAAUCUGACGGAAACUAUUCUGUAUUAUAAUCUCUGCUAAUCAAAUUUUAUCCCUUAUAUAAAAAACUUUUAUUUAUUUGAAAGUCCAUUUUGUUUUAAUGAUGUAUGCCAGUGAAUGGGAUGCGUCGAAACUGAGGCCUGUUUCAGUUCAGACAGUUUAGGACAAUCUUCCGUUGUAGAGGUUAAAAACCAAAUGCUCACGUGGGCAGAUCAGUCCCUGCAGCCAAUGGGAAAACUCUGGGGAGUGGAGAUGUUUAUCUCCCAAGACAUUACUCCCAAACCAAGUCCAAAAAGUUAUUUAGUUCUGAAAAUUGAAGAAAUGUGUUAUUUUGUUUUAUUAAAUUGGAUACCAAACAGCAGCAAAUUCAACUGGCAUUUUAAAUUGGAUGAGGUGAUUUUUAGAAGCUUUUAUCACACAGGUGGUUUAAAAAUUCAAAGGCGGGAACCGCAAGCUGUUUUAUUAAACUGUUUCUGAGAAGAAACAUUGAGGUGAAAGUCUUAAUGUCUUUUAUUUGAAUAAGAGGGACCUUUUUUAAAAGAAUGGAAUGUACAUAUUCAGUUUCUAUAAGCUCUUGUCCCAGUCAGUUUAGCUGGAGACAUGUGUAGGUGAGAAGUAACCUUUGCACAUCUCUAAAGGGGAGUAGAGCGGAGCUGUAGGGGCCCGCUGCAUCUCUUGUGCAGUGGAGAUAUGCAACCUGUGUAUAGGAAGGGGUAGGGCUCCUCCAGUCACACCUGUACACCAAUGGCCAUAUAGCCGUACUUGAACCAGCUUUGAAAGUACUUGGCACUUUCACUCCUCUUUAUCUUUAAUUUUUCCUCAAUUCAGUCUAGAUGCACAAUUACACUGCAUGUAGGGGAGGUCUUAAGUGUGUGUGUGUGUGUGAAUGAGGUUUUUUGUGUGUUUGACUUUCCCUGGCCAUCUUCCAUCUCCAAAUCUAGCACUCUUGUUUUUGUAAGUCUAGAUUCUAACAGCAUCAGUGAUUUAUCAUCAGUUAAACCUUGUUUUCAUCUAGCCCACCAACAGGCUUGCAUGUUCACCAUGCGUUAGAGCAACCACACCUGUUCUCCCUCCCCACUCAUCACUGCACAACAACGAUGGUUUGAUCAAAAAUACCUGCACCCAAAAAAUGUAAAUGCCCCAACCACUUCCGGAGCCUUCUGUUCCUCUCCUCCUUCCUCUGCCUCUCCUUCCCUCUCUUUCUCUCACUGUAAAUAUCAAUUACCUUAUUUUUUUUAUUUUUUUGUUAUUAUAUUGUUCUUGUAAUUUCAUUUUAUUUUCUCUAGCAGAGGGGAGCUGGUGUAGCAGCGACCAGGCUCCUUCUCCUCAGUCUGUCUGUAAAUACAACUUCAUUUCAGUCCCUGGCUCGGGGGGAAUAACAGAACAAAAUGUUUCUCUCGUUUUUAUUCUCUCCCUCUAUUUCUCUCUCGUUGCCUUUCCCCCACAAAUAUUAUGAUCACUUUAUUUAUUGUAUUUUUGGGGUUUAUUUUUGUUUCUCUGGGGGGGGUCGUUGUCGACUGAAGGGUUUAUUUUGUAAAAGUCAUCAAUGCCCCGUGUCAUGCAAAAUAAUCGAACUUCCAAGAUACUGUACUUUGAUCUGAACUUGAGUGUUUUCCAAUAAAGGUCCUGUAUUUGCAAGUACACAUCCUAGCCAGUAGGUGGAACUACAUUUGAUUUUCUUUGAUGUGAAGGGAUUCUCACAUGACUCUGCGUCUAUGGUAGUCUCGCUGAUGUCCCGACAGUAUAAAUGGCUGAUCCUAUUUAGGGUUAUUGGUGAUAUUGCUGUAUCUGGGUGGGUUUGGAUGAGUGGGGAGGGUGGUGUGCUGAGUCCCUUCGCCCGUGUCCCACAAGUGUUUUGUGUAAUGGGUUUAACAUGUUACUUCUGUCUGUGAUUACAUGAAAGAGUGAUUGACUUUAAAGAAUGGAUGAACGAACUGACAAAUCUUACAAAAGUGUGAGUUGGGAGAGCGUGGAUACAUUUUUUUUUAAAUCUUAUGUUUUCCUAAAUUGAAGAGCUAACUGAGUUAUUUUUGUGUUUUAUUUUCCUGGCACGAGAUGGUUUUAAUUUGUUAUCCUGAUCUUUAUGGCCCUGCACAAGGGUCAUACCACAUCACUGGUGGGAACGGAACUGUUUUGAAGUGGAUGUGGGAGAGGGACGGACUGGGAGAGACUUUUGUUUGUUGAUAUAAAUAAUUCAACUCAUGAUUAAAGUGAUGAAACUGC